AUCAAAAAUAUAAGAGCAUGCUCCUUAGUUGCUCUAUUGGUCGUGACUGUGUGCAGCUAUGAAACCUUGAACUAUAAAUAUUUCUGUCUAAUGAUCUUUUUCAAGCUUGCAUAUGAAGGUCAAGAUGUCUCGCUUACCUAACCGCUAUCACAGCGAACCCAGAGACGAAGAAGAUGUUGAUGCAUUGGUUAAACAACAGAUAUUGACCGAAGUUGAAUCAUCAUCACCGAUUCGUGAUCAGGGAGACAGACAGUCUUUUGAGAGAGAUGAAUCGGUGUUUCUUUUUCCUCACGACCAAGAAGACUCUUUGUCCCAAGCAGGUGAGGCUUGCCACGCGUUGAACGCGCAUGCGCUUUCGGAUUCGCCAAGCAGAACGCGUCAAUCAAAGUCCAACGGAGAUUUUCGCAGUACAAAGCCGCUCAAGGUGCUAGGGAAACGACGUCGACAGACCCCUCAAAUCAUUAUAGGCGCGCCAAAGACAAAGAUAUCAGGGGUUUCUCGCUCGAGAGAGACUUCGGACGCAUCCGCCGUUCCUAAUCAUGAUAAUCAUGGCGAAGAAAGGGACCUCCCCUCUCAAGAAGAAUCAACAGUAUCUGUCCUUGAGAGCGUCUCUGAUAAAGAUAAUAUUUGUGGUUCUGGAAACUCAAUACGAAAUACACACGAACGUGAAGCCAAAGACAGCACCAAACUUGACAAGCUCAAUGCGCAGACCAAGCGUCUAGACAUUACGGCAUCCAAUUCUCGGCCGGAAGAGCUGUUGAAUGCAAAUGAUAUUGCUUCUUCUCAGCAUGAGCGAGCCUCCGAGUCUCGUGAGAACAGCCCCGACCACUCCGAAAAUGAUGCAGCGACAGAAGAAUAUAGCAGUGACGACAGGGCGCCCAGCCCCAUCAGAAUAGAACACGAAGGCCGCGUCAAGGGGCUUUUUGCCAGGCCAUUUUUACUUCUCGAUGAAAUGCUCGAAGUUGCAGAGAAGUAUUUCAGUUACGAAUUAGCCGGGCCCAAAAUUGCGCAACUCCUUCGGUCUAUCGACUGCUGUCAAGAAGCUUUACAAGAUUCUAAUAGCCACACGCAGCAAGGGUCCAGCCUUGCGGACAAAAAUUACGAGUCACAACUUGAAGGAGUGGAGAGCAAUGUUGCUCAAAUGUCAGCAAGUCCCACGAAUGGAGAACGAAACAAGAAGCUUAUUCUGGAUAUCUUUAUGGGUGUUAUCCCACGCCUCAUUCGACUCUUGCAAACUGCAGCAGAGUGUUUUCUACGCGAGCCGCCAAAGGAAGACUCCAUUAAAAAAGUCCUUCGUAUCAAUAGGUUGAUUCAAGAUAUUGAAUUGAAAGUGAAAGGGUGGAAGCGCGGAAAACCCCGUGGAGAUGAAAGACUGAAUGAGAUAAGGGAGCAAGUUCUUGCACCUAAUGUGGAAAUGAUAAAACUCUUGAAGCGCAGAUUGGUAGAUCUUACUGAAAGAGAGCAAAUGGCAAAUCAUGCCAUCCAAAGGCAGGUUCAAAGACAAUACUCUGACAAUGAGGCCGCAACACUGGAAGUGAACGGGCAACAAGACAGGAUGGUCAGACUCCAAGAAGAAAAAGAGGAACAAAUAUCUGCUGCUAGAGCACUCUCCCUGCAUUGCCAGAGGACGAUUGUAGAGCUAAAACGGCGACAAAGCGGCUCUGAGAGCAUCAAUCGCGCAUCAUCGCUGCAGUCAGCUGGUCUGGUGUCUAUUAUUUCCUAUAAAGACAUAAAUCAGGCUUCCAAAGCUGACCACGUCAGUGACGACGGCAUUGAUGACGACAUUGAUGUCCACGUUGUUCCUAUGGAUAAAAUCCCGAGUAACACAAGGGAUGACGCCGAAACUUGGCCAGACCAACAGUUGUUAGCGCUUCUUGAUGGAUUGCAACAACAUUUAGGAAGCGACCGUUAUGCGGCGAUGCUCCAUUCACAUGGGCAGGCCGGCAAACCUCUGCAUGGGAUGUCCAUUGAGCAAAUCCAAGGUAAAGCCAAGGAAGUUAAAGCCGGCCUCGAGGCUUAUCUACAACGAUUUCCUGGCGAAACGUUGCCAGAAUGGGUGCUCUCAAUCUAAUGAAAUUUCCUGCUCGACAAAGCGCUUAAGGCUAUCACGGCU